GGCGGCUGCAAGCCGAUAAAGAGUUGGGCAGAUAAGGGAAACUCAGCAGCGACAACAUGACACACUCGGGCACAUCCGCUCUGUCAACAAACCCUUCCCGCUCACCCCCAGAUAUCAAUUGGAAUAGACUGACGCACUCAGCUACAAGUUCCAGAUGGCGCGAUGACACAGAAGUGGGAGGGGCUUAGCCGAGUGUCUCGCCCAAUAGGAAGAGCUGUGCGUUCCGGCUCUGUGAUUCGGGCUCUGUGGUGGGGUGAUGUUGGGGUAGACGUGCUGGUCCUCGCAUAUAUUUAUACUGGAUGGAAAAGGAGGCCUGAACCUAAGCAAACUCCCAGGCCAGGGGGUAUUGGUAAGAUCCCCGUCGCUGCUACUUCCUUUUGAAGAGGUGCCAAGUCCCUGCCCUGUUCCAGUGCCACACUUUACAAAACUGGGAAGCGGAGCUGCUCACGCCAGUAGCCGCCGUGUGAUAUUCUACAGACAGGGGCGCAACAACGGGGAGCGAGUUGAUGGCCCGUGUUUAGGCGGCAUCGCUUGGCUGGGUGCUCGUGUGUGCGGAUGUACUUGGAGCUUGAACAGCUGCACGCUCCUGUCCUCCUCUAACAUUACUUUCAUUCACUCCUGCGCGCCCGGCGCUAACGCUCUGCGCCUCGCUUACCCGCCAUAUUAUUAACGCCCUGGGAUGUAAGUGGAGCAGACGGUGCAAGCUGUGCGUUUGAUGUUCCGCCAGGAGGGCAGCAGCGGAGCACUGGAGGCUGUGCUGAGGGAGGAGGGCAGCAUGUCCCGUUACUCGGACUGGUUCUAUGGAGGAGUGGACCCCAACAUAGCGGGCAAUGGGGGGGCGGAGUGCGCUUCUUUUCUUCCCCAUGGGCAGCGCUUGCUGGAGAGCGCGGUGCUGAUGAUCGUGUCUCUGCUGGAGAUCGGGGUGUCUCUGAGGAACAUCAGGAGAGGCAGAGCCGGAGAGUGGGAGCCCAGUGCGACUGUCGCUGCUGCUUCUGUGCGCUCCGAGAGCCUGGGCAAGAACCUGCUCUUAGUGGCCAUGUGCCUGACCUUUGGCGUGGAAGUGGGAUUCAAGUUCGCCACCAAGACUGUCAUCUACCUGCUCAAUCCCUGCCACGUGGUUACUAUGCUGCAGAUUUUUCUCCUGGCCUGCCCACCUUGUAAGUUGGCCACUAUUAUAUUCAGGCUUCAGAUGCACAUGUUAAAUGGGGCCCUUCUUGCUUUGGUGUUCCCUGUGCUAAACACUAGACUGCUUCCAUUUGAGGUCGAGGUGUACUAUGUCCAACAUGUCAUGCUCUAUGUGGUGCCCUUCUACCUGCUUCGAAAAGGAGGGGUGUACACUCCGGAGCCCAUGAGUGAUUUCUGGUGGGCUAUUCUGGCAACUGGGCUCAUGUUUUUCUACCACUUCAGCUUGCUGCAGAUCCUGGGCCUGGUGACUGAAGUAAAUCUAAACAACAUGCUGUGCCCCGCCAUAUCCGACCCCUUCUAUGGGCCAUGGUAUCGAAUCUGGGCAUCAGGGCAUCAAACCCUCAUGACUCUGAUCCACGGGAAGCUCAUUGUCUUCUUGUUUUCUUGUGGUCUUCCAAGAUGGAAAUUCUUCAUGGAUCUGUUUCCAUUGCCUGGGAAGAAAGUGGACUGAAGGGGAAUAUCAGGAAGCCAAAUAUGAGGGCUCAGACUUGUCACUCGUCGCUGCCAUAAACUGUCUCUGGCUUUAAAGAAAGGGUCUAACAUUUCUUAUUCCAGUGUGACAGACUUGUGUAUAACAUAAGUGACCUUACUGGAAAGUGCUCAGUGCCCUCCCUAAUAGCUGGAAUUUCUUAUACCUCUUAAGAGAAUAAGGCAGCUAGCCUAAAGCAAAAAAACUGGUGGAUUAUCGGCAGAAGUUAUGGCUCACUAACUCACCAGUUAUCCUAGUGAACCCAUACUGGUUUUCCUUAGUGGUUUCUAACAGAUCUAAUGACCAGUGUUUGCCAUUUAGAUCUUUACAGACCGGGGGUUAAGUGCUUACAAGGCAUUCUCUCUCCUGGCCAAUAAGCAUCUCCGAAAAUACAUGGGCAAGAAUUAAGAUCAAAAUUUUAAAUUCUUUAAAGGGCAUAUCUGUUGGACUCGUUUUAUAUACAGGUAGACUACGUGGUGUGUCAGCUAUAGUAAUGUUACAUUGUAAAUUUGUAUUUUAUAUAUAACCUUUUAUGUACAUUUCUAACAUUGGUAUUUAACGUAAAAAUAUACACUCCACAAAAUG